CCCACUACAGGUAUACUAUUGCUUUCAUCUGUACUCUAUUUUCAGCACAUGAAGGAGAGAGAAUGCGAGGAGAGGAAGCCACUUUUUAGUAUUUUAGAUGUAUUUGUUUCCUUGCUUGUGCCCGUUUGCGUGCCAGCUACACAAGAGUUGGACGUCCCAAGGAUUCCUGAAAACACCAACCGACCUACGUGCUGGUGGCGUAACGUCAUCUGUGUUUAUGUGGCCCUCUACUCCAGUUUUAUUAUCGGGGCUGUGGCUAAAUUAGCAUGGUAGCAUGUCGUCAAACAUGAUUUGACUACAUAGCAGACACUAAGGACAGAGAUGGCGGUGUGUGCACUGACAAUGGACGGGAUGGGAGACGAGGUGGCUGCAGUAAGCGGUGUGUUACUUCUGGUCUUGGCCCUGGUCCUGGCUUGGCUCUCCACGCAAGUGGCAGAUCGGGGAGACCACAUACUGAGCACCAUACUUACAGUCGGAGCCCACGCCUCUCUAAUCGGGCUGGGGGGCCAUGACAGUUACAGUGGAGGGCCACCCAGUGCAGACACCCCAGAGCAGCAAACACCUCCACCCUCCCAGGAGAACAAGCCAGAGGAGGGGGAGCCUGGGUCUGAGAGGGAAGAUGGUGAGGGAACAGGAGAGGGGGCUGGAGUUGACCUGCUGUUGAAUAUCCAGGGGAAGAAACCUCAGACAUACCAGCCUGAUGAUGAUGAAGAUGAUGAGGAAGAGGAUGACUAUGAGGAAGAAGAGAAGGUUCAGAAGCUGAGCUCAGUGGUCUCCUGCACCAGCAUUACGGUUCGUUUGAAGUUCCUGAAUGACACAGAAGAGGUGGCAGUCCUGAGUCCCCAGGAUACAGUGGGUCUACUGAAGAGUAAGUACUUCUCAGGGCGGGAGCGUCAGAUCAAGUUGAUCUACCAGGGCCAGCUGCUUCAGGAUCCCAAACGGACUCUGCUCUCCCUCAACAUCUCUCACAACAGUGUGAUCCACUGCCACGUGUCCCAGGUGCUGCGGGAGGCCAGCCCAGAGGAGGCAGCUCGCUCUGGGGCUAGUGGGGGAAUCAGGGCUGCAGGCCUGGCUCUGAGCACCAGCAGCCUGGUGGUGCCUGUGUUCGUGGUGAUGUUAGCCGUGGUCUGGUACUUCCGCAUCAACUACCGUCAGUUCUUCACCGCCCCUGCUACCAUCUCCCUGGUGGGAGUCACUGUGUUCUUCAGCUUCCUCAUCUUUGGAAUGCACAGCCGGUGAGCGGGAGAGGAGGCAGGAUGGAAGGGCCCUCAUCUGGGAAGGAGAAUGAGAAGGAAUAACAACUGUGUCAGGAGGAUGAAUGGAGUCAGGGGGCCUCUGCCUCAGACACCAUAGAGCUCAACUGGAAUCCUAAGAGUGGGUGUGCCUGUGUUUGUGCAUGCACCAGCAAAUAGCAUAAUUUGAGAUUGAUUGUAUGUGCAGAGAUUCAAGUUAUUUGGAAUGUGUGUUUGUUAGUAUGAAGCAGAGAUAAUACUGAGCUGUAAUUUUGCUUCUCAGAAAAACAUUGAGUGGGUCCAGCUCCUGUUGGUCCUUUAUAGGGCAGAACCAUCAGCAUCACACCCAGGACCACAGGCUGCUUGGUCCACUGUGUCAGCAAUAUCUUCUGGCCAGUUUGGCUUCACAUAACCUGUUCUGUGUUAGGUUGUUCUACUUUCUUUCCAGUUCUUUGGGAAUGAGCUUUCACCUUAGUUAUUGUGGACUGUAACGACUGCCUUAUUGCAAGGCAAAACAGUUUGUAAGGAUUUUUGUUGCUUGAAUUACUCUACACUAAUAUCUUUUAUUUUAAACCAUAUAAGUUAAUGCAUGAAAAUAAGCAACAUGUUUGGUUUAGAAAAUACUGUAAAUAUGUAUUUACUGUACAUAGAAUGAAUGUGAUGAAACCACAUCGGACACAGGAUUUCUGUUAGGGAAUUUGACACAGACGAGAGGGAAAUUUCUUUAUCCCUUAAGUUCGAUUGUUUUCCUCUGGCUUCAGAUUUAAAGACAUUCAAACCAAUCAGUCCCUGUGUAAAGAGGGAGUAUGUCUGAUAUUGGACAAAAUGACAAAACGCAAGAAAUCUGAAUGACACUUCAUUUUACUCAGACAAAGAAACCUCUGUACACAUGAGAAACUGAGAUAUAAAGAAAACCUAGCUGUGCAUCACAUUAAUAUACAGUUGACAUAUUUGCACUUGCACAUGCAUACACACGUGCAUGAAAAAAGUUUUUGUUUUGUGAAGACACUUUCUAUUGCGUCAUUUGUCCACACUCAUAUUGUUCAGAGACACACAAAUAAACAGUUACGCAGCAUUAGAAAUACAAGCCGUUCUUUAUCCUGUCAGUAAAGAGGGACAAAUGAAAUGAGCCAUACCCAAAAUAGGUGUUUUUUCACUUGAAGGUUGAUUCUUUUAGGGCACAUUAAAGUGAUGUCAUACUUACUCACUGGCCUAAUGUUCUAAAUGAAAGCUCAGGGUAUAUAAGAUUCUCCCUAGCAAGUAUAGUCUGGUGGGCCUCUCAAACAGGAAUGAAUAACAAUAUAUAUCAAACUUAACUCGUUAGCUAGAGUAAAACUGAAAAUGGCAAGAAUAACAGUCUGAAAUAUCCCAUGCAACAGCCAUGGCACUUCUGUUGCAAGUGGUGGCGGAUUUGAAUUCCUACAAGCGCAGAGACAGACUUUGAAAGCAAGUCAAGUGAUGCAGAUUGACCUAGAGUAUUAUUGAGAAGAAAAGCAGGUUGACUAUACUAUAGCAUUAUUCAACAGGAAGCAAUGCGAGAUCUACAACUUGUAUAGAGUGAUAUUGUGAUUUGCAGCAGAAGCAGGUUGUAGAAACUUCAGACUGAGUAUGAAACAGUAAAGAUAGACAGGGAAGAAGCACUGUUUAGCAUUAAGCUGUGUAUGGUAGAGAGGUUACCAUGUAUGUAUACAGUAUCCAAUUAAAUCAUGAUUCUUUUACAUAGGUCAUCAUACCACAUGUAUCGGUAUACAAAAACACACUGGCUCACUCCAUGAUACAUGUCAACAUCUGCAUUUACAAUUUACUGAGUGCAGACAUUAUGUAAACCAAAAAAGUGAAAUAUUCUAAAUAACACAUACUGAUUCAACCACAAUGGCACAUUCAGAGAUGCAUAGUAAUCUGAAAACAAAUUAAAUCACACACACAGGCCCACAACAUGGAAAACAGUCAACUUUACACAACAAACAUUCAUACACACAUGCACCCACACAUACACCAAUGUGCAAUAAAAUGCUAGUACGGA